AGUAUCUGGAAUUUUUUCUGUUGCGGUUAUUUAUAAAUCUAAGGUUAUGAGGGUAAACGAGUUGGCAAAUCGUGUAUGUGAUAUCUGUUGAUUUUGGCGAAGAAAAGGAAAGAUGGAGAGAGGAGGAAGGAGGGUAUCACGAGGAAUGUUGCCCCUGCUGGCUCUUCAUGCGUUUAACGAGUAUUAUAGGUUGCCGUGGAAACCACCGGUUACCGCCGCUCUUCUUGCUACGAACACUCUUAUCUAUAUCAGGCCUGCUAUCCUCGAUUCUCUUCUACCCCCUAUUGAUCAAGUCUGGUUCAAUCCUCAUCUAAUUCUCAAGCACAGGGACCUGAAACGCUUAUUCUUGUCUGCAUUCUAUCAUGUGGGUGAAUCUCACUUGGUCUACAACAUGAUGUCACUCUUAUGGAAGGGGAUCCAACUGGAAACCUCUAUGGGAAGCACUGAAUUUGCCUCCAUGGUUGUUGCAUUGGUUGGCAUGUCCCAGGGUAUAACGUUGCUGUUAGCCAAAUCUCUUCUUUUGAUUUUUGACUACGACAGACCUUAUUACUUUGAAUCUGCUGUUGGAUUUUCUGGUGUUCUCUUUGCCAUGAAAGUUAUCCUCAAUUCUCACUCAGAAAACUAUACUAAUGUAUAUGGAUUCAUAGUCCCAGCCCGUUAUGCUGCUUGGGCAGAAUUGAUUCUUAUCCAGAUGUUUGUACCUGGUGUCUCAUUUCUUGGCCACCUUGGUGGUAUCCUUGCUGGGAUUCUCUAUUUGAAGUUGAAGACUGGGUAUUCAGGUUCAAACCCGCUGACAAUGUUCAUUAGAGGUGUUACUGGUGCAUUGAGAUGGCCUUCAAGGUUUGUACGGUAUUUGUUUCGACGACAGAGGAUUUCUGGUAGGGGAACUGUUGGUCGGACUCACACCAGAGGUACUUUACCCAGCACAUGGAGAUGCCAAGCAUGUACGUUUGAUAAUUCUGGCUGGUUAAACAUGUGUGAGAUGUGUGGAACAAAUCGAAGUGGCAAUGAAUUGCCAUCUGACUCUGGAGUCAUUUCCUUGGAAGAAUUACGCCGUAGAAGAGUUGAAAGAUUUGGUUGACAAUCUUUCUCCAUUGACUUAAUGGGGUGAUUCUGACUUACCAACCUUUGUAAAAAGAUACAGUUGCAAUAACCAUUGCAAAUCAUGCUGCUGAGAGAGUUUCAUGUGAAUCUAGUUUUCCCCUUCAUUCCUAUGGAUCCUUAUUUGAUUGCUGCUCCGAAAUAGUUAUGUUUGACUUUGUCAAGUCUGUCAUGUUGGCUACCUAAUUUGGCUGAUCAUUUUUGGUUUAGUGGUAA